AUGGCCAACAUCCCCACGAUCGCCUUGCUUGCCCUGGCGGGUGGCAGCUGUGCCGCUGCCAUGCCAAAUUCACCAACUUCAAGCUCAAUCUCGGGCGCCCCCGGACCCACAGGCACUUCUUAUCCCUCCGGUUUCGAGAUCAAAAAGAGUUGGGGCCACCUGAGUCCCUACGAUGACGCUCGACAUUUCGGCGUCGAAAAGGGUUUCCCCGUGGAGUGCGAGCUCUCCCAGGUUCAUGUCCUUCACCGCCACGCGCAGCGAUAUCCUACCAGCUGGCCCACCGACGGUGGUGGCAUGGAAGAUUUUGGCUACAAAGUCGGCAACUACUCCAAGAGAAACCCCGAGAAGAAGGUAGGUUCUGGCCCACUCGCCUUUAUCAACGAGUGGGAGUAUAUCCUCGGCGAGAACCUUCUCCUCCCCAGCGGGGCGGCCACUGAAGCCACUGCUGGCGCCCUAUUUUGGAGUGAGUAUGGUCGCCUAUUGUAUCGGGCAGGAAAGGGAGACGCGAUCUACGAUCCCUCCAUGAAUACUUUCCCGAAUGGUACACAGCGUCCCAAGCCCAUCUUCCGCACAACUUCAUACCCGCGCAUUUUGGAGAGCGCUCGCUGGUGGCUGAGUGGUUUCUUCGGCAACACCGGGGCAAACAGUAGCUAUACCUCGUACGACCUGGUCAGCAUCCCCGAAGAGGAAAACUUCAAUAACACCCUGUCGUCCACUUCCACCUGCACCAAUGGAUCCUCAUCUGGAGACUACUCGGCGGAGAGGUUUGUUCCAACAUUUACCAAAGCUGCUCUGAAGCGAUUGCAGCAACAUUUCCCCGACGACUUCAAUCUCACAAGCAACGAUGUCUAUGCCAUGUUGAACAUGUGUCCCUACGAGUACGCCACUCUGGGUCGCUCCUCAUUUUGCGCCAUCUUCACUCAACAGGAGUGGACGGACUUUGAAUACUCGCUUGACAUGAGCUUCUACGGGAACUUCGGCUUUGGCGCUCCAAGUGGUCGUGCCCAAGGUAUCGGAUAUGUCCAGGAGCUGGCUGCCCGCUUGCAAUCUCGGUUGAUAUACAGCAGCAAUAGCAGCAUUAACUACACCUACGAUGAUAAUACUAAACAAUUUCCCUUGCACCAGCCCUUAUACAUGGAUAUGUCCCACGACGACAUCAUAAUUUCGACCCUGACGGCACUUGGCAUGGACUACUUUAAAUACGGGCCCCACGGCAUGCCCGACUCGGUGCCGCAUGCCGUCCCGCGGAACUUUGUACUUCAACAGGUCGUUCCUUUUGGCGCGCGUCUGUUCUCGGAAAUCUGGACAUGUCCCAAUGACGCUAAGCUCGACACCUUGCAGGAAAUGAAGUACAAGAACCCCGAUCUGUCGUCUCAGGUUGAUACCACGGAAUACAUUCGUUUUGUGUUGAACAAUGCACCCGUCUCCACCAAGGGAAUGAAGGCCUGUGAAGGUUCUGUGAAUGGAUUCUGCCCUCUGCAAGCUUUCAUUGAGUCUGUGCCCGAAUUGACCGAGGAGGCAAUGUACCAGGAAGCAUGCUUUGGCGACUACAACAUCACCGAACAGGUCGCCAAUGGUCAGCCAAAGCAAACCUAA